UCAUCUGUCAGGUAUGCGCUGACCGAAAGUGGGCGUGGUCAGUAUGGGGCUCCUCCCAUAGCAACCGCGUGAGCGUGCUUGCAGUCCCUCGAGUGGAGACGCCAGGAGCGCACGUGAAAUCACGCCAAAUGAGCGUCCGUGAGCCGGGAUAAGAGGGCUUAGCCGCCACCGCCGCCAUGAACGACAAAUACCACCGGGCGGCUCGAGACGGUCACCUGCACCUGCUGAAAGACGCGACGCGCAAAGAUCUGAACGCGCCGGAUGAGGAUGGGAUGACGCCGACGCUCUGGGCCGCGCACCACGGCAACCUGGACGCGCUCAGACUGCUGGUGGCGCGAGGAGGAGAUCCCGAUAAAUGUGAUAUUUGGGGAAACACUCCUCUUCACCUGGCAGCAGCUAAUGGCCAUCUCAACUGUCUGUCCUUUCUGGUGUCAUUUGGUGCCAAUGUGUGGUGCUUGGACAAUGACUACCACACGCCACUGGACAUGGCGGCCUCUAGGAGCCGGAUGGACUGUGUGCGAUAUCUGGACACUAUCGCCGCCAAGCAGACUACCAUCAAUCCCAAACUGGUGAGCAAACUGAAGGACCGCGCCUUCCGUAAUGCCGAGAAACGUAUUAAGAACUGUAAAAAGCUUCAGCACAAGCAUCACAAACGCAUGGAGAAGCGUUUCUUGAGAGAGAGUGCUGCAAUGGACAUGUCGGAUACAAUGAGUUACAGCAGUUUCAGCAGCACCCUCAGUCGAAGGAUCCCUCAGUUCAACACCCUCGACUCCAACAUGACAUGCUCACAGGCAACGCUUCAGUCCACAACAAGAGGCAGGACCAAGAUCCAGCGGCGACUUGAGAAGAAAAAGCAAGGCGACGGAACAUUCAAGAUUUCCGAAGACGGGCGAAGGAGCAUUCGCUCGCUCUCUGGUCUUCAGCUGGGCAAUGACGUCGUGUUCUUGAAGCAGGGAACAUAUGUGGACCGACGCCAGCAGUCCAGCCCUCGGCUUAACAUCCGCAACAUGUUUUCUGGUAAACAGGACAUCAGGUCAGACGAUGAUGAUGAUGAUGAUGAGGUAGACACUGUUUCAAGGGCACUCAGUGAUCCGGGUCUGUUUGAGGCUGCAUACUCGGAAAUAAGUACAGACUCGGGUAGAGACUCUUUGUUCAACCGCCCAGGACUCGGUACUAUGGUAUUCCGUCGGAAUUAUGUGACUGAUGGGCUGUUCCGAAUGGGACAGAAUGAGGGCAGUGUAGUAGGGAGUGAACCAGUGGGAAAGGUCCCAAAUGUCCGCUUACAGGGAAGAUUGCCGAUCCAGUCACCAAGUCUUGAUGAAGUCAGCAUUGGCAGCUCAUUGAGUCUUCAUGAGAAGAACUUACAGGAUUUGCCGUGGGAGGAAGGAGAACUGGGCUUGGAGGAGGAGGAUGACGAGUUUCAGCCAUCUUCGGCUCCUUUAGAAGUGUUCCUGGCAUCUCAGGGACUGAGUGACUUCCUCUCCAUCUUCCAUCGAGAGCAGAUGGACCUGGAAGCGUUGCUGUUGUGCUCUGAGCAGGACCUUAUUAGCAUCCACAUUCCACUCGGACCUCGUAAAAAACUACUUGAUGCAUGCAGCAGACGCAACAGUGUUCUGGACGAAGCUGAUGGCAUGCAGGACACUGUACUGUAGAGUGUGUAUGUCUGUUAUUAACUCUGCUCCAAAAAUCUAGUGUACUUUCUUGUUGCCUGCAAAAGCAGUUGUUUUUAAAGUAGCAUCCUUGAACUAGUUGAACUGUAUCUUCUUAAGCAACACAACACGCCACAAAAAACAUAAAAAUACAAAUAAAAUAUGUAUCUGAGAUUUGGCAUGAACAAGUCUCCCAUGCAUUUCUCCCCCAUGUUAAUUCUCUCAUAUAGAAUCAAUAACUCAAUAACUAGUUGCUUAUUAGCGUGCAUAUUCUUAACAUGCUAUUUAAUAGCACUUAUAAAGCACAUACUGAUGCAUGACCAUAUUCUAAAUCCCUUAAUCCACCCAACCCAAUAGCUAAAGAUAACGACUACAACAACAACAACUACUUUACAAUCUAGAUAGAGACAAUGUGUUCGCUAAUCUACCAUAUAGUAACUUGCUUUUCCUGUGGAAUGACUUUGCUUUUCUGCUGCAGGCGAUUGAAUAAUAUUAAUCAUAGCCAAAUAGCUUCAUUAAACACUCAUUAAUUUUGACUGCACUCUGGAAUGCAACACUCAUCUGAUCAAUACCAGAUUGACAAAAUUAAGUGCCAGCCUGUUUGUUUUGCUAAUAAAAUAUCCUGUUUCGCUUUGAAAUGCUUGACAAUGUGGUAGAACAGGAUUCACAGUGCAGUUCACAUUCUUUAAAUGCUUCCUAUACCUGCAUCUGGAGCUGAGCCAUUGUGUGUGUCUGUGCAUGAGUGAGUGAAAUGCCUGCCUCCUUGUGGUUGGGAGGGAAAAUACAGCUCUUCUAUGGUAUACCUCACUCUCUAGAAGUUCUGCUUGGAAAAUUAAGUCUACAGUAUAUGCUGAUUGUUGCUGUUAUGAAUGCACAUGCACACACAUUUUUAAUCUGACCUGCUAUUUUCCAUAUUGAGGUUCAUUAAAGAUAUCGUGGUUCCUGGUACACCCUGUGAAUUAUUGCCUUGCAUAUUGAUGCAGUCUUUUAGGACUAAAAUUUGCAGAGAUAAUUAGCAUUUUCAGCUUUGCAAUGAUUUUCAACUCUAACAAUUCAGACCAAUUGAAAAAGCCUUUGUUAUUGCAUGAUGACCCAUCUUGAUAAUUGAUAUAUUUAUCAGUGGAGCAAAAAUCUAUCAGCGUUUCUGUUUCCCAGAUUUCUCUAAUUCUCUUUUUUAUUAAUUUUUUGUUUUAAGUAAGUAGAAUCGUUUAGAUCCAAAAGUCUGUAAGAUCAUACAUUAAGGACAGAUGUGUCCAAACUUAGCUCAUCGCUUACUGUAAGUGCAAGCAUUGUCUAAUUUUUGUGUUUAGUUGUACAUAUGCUUUGGACAGCAUCAAUAUCCAGCCAAAAGACAUUUCAGUUGUAUAAAAAGUUAUGUGGGUGAUUAGCAGUUUUCAUCUGUGAAAUUCUGAUGAUUGUAUGCUGUAAUAACGGACUCCAGCUGAGAGGUGGUUGGAGUUUGGGUGUGUGAAAUCCCUUUAUUGGCCACCUGAUGUUUGUACAGUUUUACUGAUGUACGAUUCUGUUGAUCGACUGCGGUCAAAGCUUCUCACUCAGUGGGUGAGAUGUUUGUUCUGGAGCCGUGUUCCUCUGCUGUCUGCUCAUUUAUGGGUGUGCGGCAGGUUUUAGAGGCUGAUGCUGAAAGCUGAUAUAAUGCUUGUUAUUUAAUCUGUCCAUCCAUCACACUCCAUCUCCAGACAAUUCAACUACACACGGCUAGCCCUUCUUACAUGACAGUAUGUGUGUUCAGCACCUGUCUGGAUACAAAAUUAUGCUUCUGUGUGUUUUACUGGCUCUUAGCUCAGAUUGGUCCUCAUUUGUUCACUAAUUUCUAUGUAAAUAUUUUGUAAAGUCAUUGUCAAACAUGAAACUUACAUUUUUCUUUUGUAAAUUGUAUAAUUGUUUUUAAAUACAGACAUUUCUGUGUAAAUCAUUCAUAAGUUCACUCUUAAUUAUUCAUAAGAAAUUUAUUCUGCUUAUGUCGCUUUUGUUUUGUAUCGUUUCAUAAAGCACAUUGUUUUGUUUUCCAUUCUGUGCUCUUCCCUCUUUUCUUUUGUAGUCUUGCAUGAAACUCAAAAUAUUGUCUUUAUAUUUUACGAA